AUUCCGAGGCUUAUUUUAAUGCAUAAACUGCUAUGAGCAGAAAUCUGAUUUACGGAAUGACAAUGUUGGUCUCAAUGUGAUGUUAAGAGGGGAUUAUUAAAUGAUUAAUUUUUCUUACUGGGCAUGGACACAUACAGUAUGUACAUGUGUGUGUCUGUGUGUGCAUGGACACGUAUGUUUGUGUGUCUGUGUGUGUGUGUGGAGAUACAGACACAUGUACACACACUGAGGCAGAUUCCUCUUUGACACACUCCGUUAAUCGCCAUCUUCUAAAAUCACAGGCGCUGAUGGAUAAUCCAGCAUACACAGACACUGCUGUAUCCCCCGCCUCCCCACCCCCUUCAUACCUGGAGGCUAGUGCAUAUCCUCCCCACUCAGCACAGUUGCCAAGCACACCUCCACCUGCCUACACUCCUGGAUCCUAUCCACCAAGCUAUAAUGAAAUAGAUACUGCUCAAAGCCAAGCCCAUCACCAUGGUAACCAUACAAACCCAUACCCAGUCCUAUCCAUUCCAGGAAAUGUGGUGAUUCAUCAAGAAGUGAUGAUUGCCACCCAAACCAUGAGCCAGCCAGUAGCGGUAAUUCAGGUUCAGCCUGUAGCACUGGCCGACAGUCCCACAGUGACUGUGUGUCCACACUGCCAUCACCAAGUCACCACCAAUACCACCCACAAAUCCGGCAUGGCCGCAUGGUCCACCUGUUUGCUACUCACACUGCUGGGAUGGAUGCAAAGAUGUCCACCACUCCUGCCCCCACUGCAAUCGUCACAUCGGCAUCUUCAUACGCAAAUAGCACAGACACACACACAUGUGGAUUACAAGGAACAGAAAUCAGGCACUCACAUCAUCAUCAUCAUCAUCACUGCCAACAUAAUCACCAUCAUCUGUUAUCUGCCCCGUUAUAAGCCUGUGGAGUGUGAGUUUGCUUCCGAGUUCCAGGAGGGACGUGACCUGAGGAGUUGA